AUGAAAGCUCCAGAUCUCAGCAACGAAUUAAAAAAGAAGCUCGUCGAGGAUUAUGAGUACCAGGAGGAGCCUAGUGACGGAGAGUUCUACCGCAAAAUCCGCGAAUAUCAGGGAGUUCAGGGCAAUGCUGACGCUUUUUUCGAAAAGCUUUGGCAAGGCAGACUGGCCGUCUCGAAGAAUCGCCAGGACAACUUCGAAAAACUCGUUGGUCAUGAAACGUACGUCAAGGCUUUUGAUGAAUUAUUGAAGAUUCCAGCACUUUUUGGGGACCAGCGGGACACAUUGUGGUCGCGAGUGUGUCUCACCUCUACCAAGUGCUUGAUCCCAUCUCUGUCCACUUUUUUUGCUGAUCGCUACUUUCUCGAGCAAGUAGCUGACUGCUUGCGAAAUAUCACUGGCAUUACAAAAAAAAGUGUCUCAACUCGCCUGGCCAACAUGUUUACGGACAUUGGACAGGAAGACGACAGGUGUAUUGUCCAGGUGUCUGAAGGUCGAUUCGGUAGCAUUCCAGGUAGCCAGAGCAGGCGUCGCAACUUGGGGAUUCAGCAGCUUUGGUUAGCAGCGUUUCGAGAAUACGAAAACGUACCUGCGCCGAUGCAGCAGGAGGACGUCCUAGCCAAAGCAAGGCCCAGGGUUGAUAUUGCCGCUUUGCAUGCCCUGGCAUCUCUUGCUCUGCGUCUUGGUUUCGAAUCCGCGAAGAUCAAUGAGAUCUUGGCUGAUCCGUCCGAUUGGGCAAUUGCCAAGCAAGCCCUUCUUUCCGCGCGAAAACCUGAGCAUUUUGAUCGCCAAAGCUCAAAAGGCAUGGGCCACGUCACAUCAUUCUUCGUCAGAAUGUCUAUGUACCGUGCCUUCUUUGGACAAUCUCCAAUAUCUUCAGAGGAGCGCGAAGAACUCCUUACGACGGCUGUGACAACACAGGAAAACAGCGACGGCAGUGCGGCCGAGCUCGACAACGGGCAAUCACAGGAGGCUCAGAUAAACGAGGAAGCAGUCAGGCUGCAGCGGCUAAGAGAGGAUGCAACUGCGGAGCAGAAGAAGCUUCUAGAGUUGCGGGAGCUCGUCUGCAUCGAGCAAGAGCGUUUCUCUCGAGAGCAAGCUGCCUUGAAAGAACUUCAAGAACGUUCCAAGGCGGAACAAACUUCCAUGACUCUACAUUCAUUCGAGGAUAUCGUGGCAAAAGAGUAUGACGAGUUCAUGGCAGUAGAAGAGCCUACAAUCAUACAGGUUCAAAAGCCAUAUGAGGAAUCGACGAUCAAUCCUCAAGAAAAAUCCAACAGGUCUGAGUUAGUUCCGUCAGCCUUAUCGGUAUGCCACACGAAGACACAGAAUCCAACGGCCGCGGUGAUGCAAGACCCAUCCAGAACGAGUCACUUCGACUUCCAAAACUUAAAAAGACCUACCGACACCUGUCUCUAA